UAGCUAUUACUUCGAACUGGGAAGAGGGAGUCCUUAUUCACUCAACCGAGAGAGAGGGAGAGAUCAUCUUUGAUAUAACUUUCAACUGCACGGCAGACAGAGUGGAGCGCGCUGCAGGAGCACAGCGCACUGUCCGUUUUGUUGGCUAUUAACUCUUCUUUGUUUCUUUUAGUGGGUGUCGAGUUUUUCAGGUGAUUUUUAAACAAAUUAACACUGGUCGAAUCUUAAGGUGAUGCCACCUAUUUUCACUCUUAAGAGGACCUGGGACACGCGCUCUGAGUGUGAGACUAAGACCAGCAAGUUAUUCUGACUGAACGUGUCCACCACUAUUCUCACUGGGAACAUGGCUCUCUGUCCGCAGUUACUGCUGCUGCUCGGAUGGAGCUAUCUAUUCGGUGGAUAUUGCGCGAUGUUGAAAGAUCAUUUCACUGGUUUGAAAAGAAAAGGUGAAUCUGGGCACUCAGGUGCCCCCCUGGGGGACAAAGACCGCUCAGAGAAGAAUGAGCAAGACCUGCUUUUACAGGAUACUAUGACGGAACACAUGCAGAUGCUUUACGACAAAUAUAACCGUGCAGGAUUUCCUUUCAAGGAUGGGAAUACUGUCCGCAGCUUUAAAGCGCAUUGGGGCACCAUCAACAACAAGCAGCUCCAGGUCUUCAACCUGACGUCUCUCACCAAGUCAGAGGCCAUCCUGUCGGCCACGCUCCACUACUACAUAGGAGACCACCAGAACAGCACCCAGCACCCGGGCUGCAACAGCACCACCAGGCCCAAGAGCUGUGGAGCCCCUUCACCAUUCCGCCAUGGCCUCAGGAGACACAGCCACCUCCAGAUGGAUGUGUGGAGCUUUUCCUCAGUGGAUAACCACACCAGGGCUUUGGGCCACUUUGUGAUCAACGUGUCUACACUAUACAGGGACUUCAUCUCUUGGCAGUGGAAGGACGUCACCCGGGUAGUGAACCAAGCCAAGCGUCAUCGUGAGCUGCUGAUCGGGAUAGACGUGGCAUCCCAGCCUGGACCCAGGCCCUGGAAGAAGCUCCUCUCAGACCGCUCUCCUUACAUCCUGGUCUACGCCAACGACUCGGCCAUCUCUGAGCCCGAGAGUGUGGCGUCGACACUACAGAGGCAUCAAACGAUGACUACAGCUGGAGAAGGGGCUUUCGCCUCUGGCUUCAAUAGACUGGGGCUGCACGCUCGGAAUAACACAGCCGCGCAACAACAGGCGCCUCCUCACAGACGCCGGCGCUCGGCUAGCGUCCUCCUCCCGCUCCAGAACAACGAGUUACCGGGGCCGGAGUACCCGUAUGAGACGACGGGCUGGGACGAGACCAGCCCCUACGAACCGCUGGAGAACAAGCCAGUCCGUCGGCCGAGGAAAAAGACGCGUGGUAAGAGCCAGAGGCACGGCGGUAAGAUGCCCCUGCUGCAGUUUGACGAGCAGACGAUAAAGAAGUCUCGUAAGAAGCAGUGGAACGAACCACGGAACUGUGCUCGUCGCUACCUGAAGGUGGACUUUGCAGACAUUGGCUGGAGCGAGUGGAUUAUAUCUCCCAAGUCUUUUGAUGCCUACUACUGCUCAGGGUCAUGCCAGUUCCCCAUGCCUAAGUCUCUGAAGCCUAGCAACCACGCCACCAUCCAGAGCAUUGUAAGAGCGGUAGGGGUGGUGUCUGGUAUCCCUGAGCCCUGCUGUGUCCCAGACAAGAUGUCUUCCCUCUCCAUCCUCUUCUUCGACGAGGACAAGAACGUGGUGCUCAAAGUCUACCCAAACAUGACUGUGGACUCCUGCGCCUGCAGAUAGGGAUAAUUACCACACACACACACACACAUAGAACAAUCUCUCUGCAACAUAGCCACCUCUCAAGGAUCAAGGAUAUUCCACUUUUGCACUCUCAGAGAGGUUAGGGAUUACAAUAUACUAUCUAAAUGAAGAUGGACCUUUUCAGGGAAGGACUGCUGGACCUUCCUCCUACUGGAAUCCUGAAGCACCCUGGGAAAUAGACAGCUGACUAGUCUCAUCAUCUUCAUCGCUAUCACCACCAUCAUCAUCAUGGGUUUUUACUUGUUUGAAUACAAUUAACCAACCGCUGGAAAGGAGGACCUAAUGCAGUUUGAGGUAGCACCUUAAAGAGGGAGGCAAAACACCCAGAAUGAAAGACCUUCUGUGAUUUCUGAGCUCCAACAGUAUUGGGACAGUGACCCAUUUGUUGUUGUUUUGGCUCUGUACUCCAGCACUUUGAAAUUUGAAAUUAUACAUUGACUGUGAGGUUAAAGUGCAGACUGUCAACAUUCAUUUGAGGGUAUUUUCAUCCAUAUUGGGUGAACCGUUUAGAAAGUACAGAACUUUUUGUACCUAGUCCACCCAUUUUAGGGGACCAAAAGUAUUGGGACAAAUUCACUUAUGUGUAUUUAAGUAGUCCUUAAUGAAUCACAAUGAGUGAGAAAGUUACAGUUGCACACAUAUCCCCAAGACAUGCUAACCUCUCACUAUUACAAUAACAGGGGUGGUUAGCAUAUCCCCAAAACAUGC